GAAAAGUUUGAGAAGGGGAGAGAGAGAAAGAGAAGGAGCCAGCGUCAUUCAGAGAUAGGAGUCCGAAUGAGAGAGUGUGAGAGCCGAGAGUGGAGAAAAAGCUGUAAACAUUUUAGCCUGGAGGCUGGACGGGAGGAGGGAUUUCCCUGACUUUGUGCCUUUUUCAAACUUUUUGUGCGCUUGGAGCUGCACUCUGUGUCUUUCUCUGUGUGGAGGUACAGACAGGGGCUAUGCAAAGUGAGAGAAGUUGGAGGCAGGGGUAGAGGUGUACAAACGGUGGAAGAGAGAAAGAGAGAGAGAGAGAGAGAGAGAGAGAGAGAGAGAGAGAGAGAGAGAGAGAGAGAGAGAGAGAAAGAGAGAGAGGGGGGGAGAAAGGAAAACUACUCGGAAGGAAAGGAACCAUGCAAGUGGAUGCUGUCUUCUGCGGGGUCAGGUUACGCAAAAUGAGAAACUACUCCAAGAGCACUUCAUCAGGGCUCACCCAGCUCAGAAAGGAUGCCAGCUGCUAGCACCAUGACCGGUGGGAGGGCCCUGCUGCUCUGUACAAACACUGACAACUGUAUCUACCAAUCAGUCAACGGGCUCCAGUGCUGUGGCUUGAAGGUCGGGGAGGCUCCGUCAUCUGUGGUGCCCCAGCGCCAAGAGGUGUUCGGGUCACCAGGGGACAGAGGCAGGAGGGACACCGCUGCGUCCACUAAGCGUCCCCUCUCCCCCCUACUUAGCUUGAGCGACGGAUUGGGUCCUCCCGACACCAUGCUGGCUCAAAGGAGAGCAACCACCACCGACCCGCGGACUCCCAACAUGGAGAACGGGCUGUGUGGCAAGCUCAACAACAACAAGAGCGCAGCGGCAGUCAAGACUGCCAGUAUCCGGGAUAAGAUCUCACAAUGGGAGGGCAAAAAGGAGACUUCCCCACUAACUUCGACAGGGACAUGUCCACUGAGCACGACACAGAAGGAAGUUGAGACAGUAAGAAAAAAGGAAUCUAAAGCUUCAGAAGUCCAAAGGACGGAUAGCAAGAGGUUUGUCAGCUGGGACAGACAAGACUCAGGGAAGGAAAAUGUUGGAAAGCUGGGGGAUUCAAGGCCUAAAUCUCCAGAGGGCCCAACAAACAAGGACAAGGAAGUGAUCUUAGAGAAGGGAUUUCGGGCUUCCAAACCAACAGAACAACCCCAGGACAAGAAAAGUGUUUUAACUCAUGUUAAGAAACUAGAAAAGGCAACAAAGGAUGUUCCUCACAGACCUUCACUGGCAUUCCCAGGGAAUUACUUCUGCCCUCCUUCAAAGGAGGAGAUGGAGGAAACAGAAAAGAGGGCCAACGAGCCCAUUUUUGGGACUUUUGACGUUGUUCGGCCUAGCGGGUCGCGGAGGAGGAGGGAGGGGGAUGCAGAGAACGUAUAUAGUGAACCUGGUGUUCCGUCUAUAAACCCUCUACCUAAACCUCAGAGAACCUUCCAGCAUCACACCCCCCCCACUACCCCAGCUUCAGGGCCCGGCUCGGGGAAGGGAAGGAGGAACUUGCCCCCUUUGCCCUCAAUUCCUCCUCCACCUUUACCCACGUGCCCACCACCUGGAGUUUGCAGGAGAAACUGGACUGACAAACCCCGGGACAGUAGUAACAGGAAAUCCUAUGAAUUUGAGGAUCUGCUCCAGUCGUCCACAGAGAGCUGCAGGGUGGACUGGUAUGCUCAGUCCAGACUGGGCCUAACACGCACUUUAUCAGAAGAGAACGUCUACGAGGACAUAAUAGAUCCUCCCUCCAAGGAGAAUCCCUAUGAAGAUAUAGAGCUGGAGAGAAGUUGUUUGGGAAGCAAAUGUGUUUCACCUGCCUCCUCAUCCCCUGUCCCUGACACGCCAACUAAGCUCUCCUCUAAGCCUGGCUUCUUCAGACAAAAUUCAGAGCGGCGAAGCUUCAAGCUCCUGGAACUACGCAAGACCGGCAGGGACACUGGCAUCUCCUCUCCCUCCCGUAUCAGCCCCCCCUCCACACCCAGCAGCCCCGACGACACCCCUUGCCUCUCUGGAGACCCGUACAAUCGCAGGAGGAGGAAAAUCCCGAAGAUGGUGCUGAAAAUCAAUGGCAUCUUCGAGGCACGAAGAGGGAAGAAACGAAUGAAGAGGGUAUCUCAGUCUACAGAGUCCAGCUCGGGGAGAGUGACCGAUGAGAACAGCGAGUCGGAAAGUGACACGGAGGAGAAACUAAAAGCUCACAGUCAGCGGCUGGUGUCGGUCCAGUCCAUGCUGAGGCAGACGGGGCGGUACCGGACCUUGGAGAGGGAUCUGAUGGAUUUGCAGGAGAGGAAACUCUUUGAGUAUUUCAUCGUUGUUGCGCUCCACAAGACCAAGGCUGGAGUCCCAUACCUGCCAGAAGUCACACAGCAGUUCCCUCUCAAGCUCGAGAGGAGCUUUAAGUUCAUGCGGGAGGCUGAAGACCAGCUCAAGGUCAUCCCUCAGUUCUGUUUUCCUGACGCCAAAGACUGGGCGCCCGUCGACAACUUCCCCAGUGAGACGUUCUCGUUUGUCCUGACCGGCGAGGAUGGAAGCAGGCGGUUUGGCUACUGUCGGCGAUUACUGCCCAGUGGUAAAGGCCGAAGGCUACCUGAGGUCUACUGCAUCGUCAGCCGCCUGGGCUGCUUCGACCUCUUCUCCAAGAUCCUGGAUGAAGUGGAAAAGAGGAGGGCUAUCUCCCCUGCUCUGGUGCAGCCUUUUAUGAGAGGCAUAAUGGAAGCUCCCUUCCCUGCUCCAGGACGGACCAUCACUGUCAAAAACUUCCUGCCCGGCUCUGGGACAGAGGUGAUAGAGCUGUGUAGGCCAUCAGAUUCUCGUCUGGAACAUGUGGACUUUGAAUGUCUCUUUUCCUCCUUGAGUCUACGUCUCCUUCUCCGAGUGUUCGCCUCGCUACUUCUGGAGCGCCGAGUCAUCUUCACUGCCGACAAACUCAGCACAUUGUCUCAGUGUUGUCAUGCAGUAGUGGCUCUUCUCUACCCCUUCACCUGGCAGCAUACGUACAUCCCUGUGCUCCCACCCUCCAUGUUGGAUAUCGUCUGCACCCCUACCCCCUUUAUAGUCGGCCUCCUCUCCAGCUCUCUGCCUCGACUCAAAGAUCUUCCCAUAGAAGAGGUCCUGGUGGUCGACCUCGGCAACAGUCGCUUUUUACGACAGCUGGAUGAUGAGGACUCCAUUCUUCCUCACAAGCUGCAGGCGGCUCUCGAGCAUGUGCUGGACAAGAGGAAGGAGCUGGCCUGCGAUAAAGGAGAUCUACCAGAUGACUCCAGCUCCCUCAGCACGGUGGUGUCGGAGGCCUUUGUGCGUUUCUUCGUGGAGAUGGUGGGUCAUUACUCCCUCUUCAUGGGUGGAGCAGAGCGGGAGGAUGAGUCUGUCUCCUCCCCCACGUUGCCCAGCCCCUCUCCUCCCCCCUCCUCGUCCUUUCAGCGCGACGCCUUUCGCAAAGCGGUCACAUCCAAGAGCUUGAGGCGGUUCUUGGAGGUGUUCAUGGAGACCCAGAUGUUCACCGGCUUCAUCCAGGAGAGGGAGCUGCGCAGGCAGGGCCUCAAAGGUUUAUUUGAGGUCAGAGCUCAGGAGUAUCUGGACUCGCUGCCAGGGAGCGAGCAACGAGGCGUCAACAAGUUCCUCAAGGGUCUAGGAAACAAGAUGAAAUUCCUUUCCAAGAAAUGAUGCUUGGAGUCAGGAUGUCAUGUGUGAAAGUAGGAAAAAGCAUGAAGAGGCGUUGAAAGAAGAAGAAGAAGAAGAAGAAGAAGAAGAAGAAGAAGAAGAAGAAGAAGAAGAAGAAGAAGAAGAAGAAGAAGAAGACACUCCCUGGACGUGGAGAACGUAGAGAUGGAGAUGCGUCUUUAGGUCGGAACAAAGGAAGAGCCUUGAAGUGAACUGGACAUGAGGAGAUCUGGGGAAAGUUAGCGUUUAGCUCCCAGUUUCAUUCCUUUAGUGUUGUGAAGGGUUUACUCAGCUUGGACCAAAACUCCCCUCCAACACGAUAAAGCGAUGACUAACAGUGUCUCGUUAGAACUUUGCCUGGGUUUUUUGGUUUUACAGAUUACAGUCAAUCCCUGCAGUGUAUAACUGUAUAGCACAGCACAGUGUAAAUGUUUUUAGGAACAGUGUUCUCCCUUUUUCGGUCACUGACCUCACCCAUAAGCCUGUCAGAGGGAGCGUCGCUGAAGAUCCCAUUUUGUACAAUACCUUCCUAUACAUUCUAAGUAUCUUCUAUAGAAGCUUUUAUAAAUACAAUAGUACAACUUCUUCAUCAACAGGAGGCUUUUAAGUUAAUUUAUAUUCUUUUUAGAUCAACUUAAUCUCUUUUUAAAUGUCCUUCAAAUGAGUGCAAAGAAAUCUCCUGUAGUUUGUAAUAGGCUUUAUUUAACAGAGUCUAGUCCAGACUGUUUGUAGACCACUUUGGCUUGUUGGGUAAAUGUACCACUGUUUUAAGUAAAUUCAUUUUGAAUGGAAAAAGGAAGAAAAUCUAAAGAUUAGAAAGAAAUCAACGUGAAUACAUCUCUCGCUUGGGUUUGAGGAUACGGUUUGAAUAGACUCGAUGUGGAAGGACGAUGUGUAUGUUAGGCCAAUCAGUAUCAAUGUGUUUCACAAAAGGUUUGCUAGGUUUGCUUUAAACUUGAUUGAGAAUGCAAUGAAACUUUUUAAAUAAAGUGAUUUGAAUUUUUCAAUUAGA